AUGCAGAUCUUUCUGAAGCUCGCCACCUUGGCCUUCGUGUUGCUGCUUACCGACGCCUCGAUCGCGGCACCGCUUCCAGGCAUCGGCGGGAGCAGGUUUAGCGGCGGGGCCUCGCGGACGCGGGCUGGCAGCAAGACGAAGUACGGUAGCUCCAGGCUUGCUGGGGGCAGCUCGGGUCUCGACACGUCCUCGCCGGGGCUGGCACGCGACCAUUCCCUUCCUCCGGGCAUGAGCGCCGCUCAUGCUGCGUUCCUUCGAGAAGCAGGAGUCAAGCCUAAUGGCUUGGGCCAAUUGCUGUACGCUCCUAGAAAGAACUCGCCGUAUUAUGAGAAGCAAAUGAGGGAGUGGGAAAAAAGCCUCCCAAAAAAUCAAGAGCUCGAACACGUGGAAUGGCAGCCGGAUCCCGAUCGGCGUGCCAAAUGGAUCGAGAAAACGUCAAGCACUCGCAAAAUCCCACAGGGGCAACGCGCAGGCAAGGCCAAUGAAAAGAAGGAAUGGAAUAAGAAGCCCUGGGGCAAGAUUGGGUCUGGAUCAAAAGCCUUCAAGGCCAAGGACGAGUCAAGAGGGGGAAUGCCGGUCAGGUCGGGGGAUAGCAAUGUCAACGAGUACCUGUACGACCCGGCAAGCGAGCGGGAUGAGAUGGAGGCUAUGAAUCCCGCCAAGGCCAACACUUCACCCAAGGCGGCCAACCAGGGGAAGCCAGACAAACCCAAGACCUCGCUUGGUUCCAAGCUUCUUUCGAAGGUUUUUGGAAAGCCGAACAAGGUGGCCCCCGAAGGAGGAAAACCAGGUGAAGCCAAUACGUCGCCCGAGGAGCCCGAGCUGGUCAACAAGGUAGUCAAGGCACCUCACGCCGAGCAUUGGGCCAAGGAGAUAGCGAAAAACCAUGGACCGAAUAACCCGAUGAAUCCGGCGGGCGAGGGACUUGGCCCCAAGGUUCCGGACACCACAACGUCGGAAGCGGGAGACAAGCCCGAGAGCAUGAUAGCGGCGGGAGUCCUUCGAGUUACCCCUCAGUAG